AUGGCGGCCACCUCACCGACAGAAACCGCCUUGGUGAUCCUGUACUACUUGUAUCCAGCUCUGGUUUUCACAUACUUUUUUUCUGCCUCCCUUGUCUCGGCUUGUACAGCCUCCUCCCAAAAGGAUGAACACAAGAAAAAACGCCCAAACGGAACAUUGAUACUCAUUCAUUACCUCUUGUGCAUUCUGACAUACGCCGCCCAGCUUUCGCUACUUGGUAUACAGGCCGCCCUUACUCGAGAAUGGCCAACUGAAGAUCACAUCAUCAUUGGGCAUUUGGCGUGCAUUCUGGCGUUUGGGAUCCAGCUCACCCGUUGUCUUGACACUGAACAUGGACCUUUUUAUCCUUUCAUCGGCUCAUGGGCGCUCGGUCUGUCCUGUGAUGUUGCCAUCGCGUCGUUGUCUGCAACAAUAGGGUUGCUUUCCCCUUCCAGCACCUUCGGCAUUCUCAACAUCGUUAGUAUCAUCGUUCGAUGUUUUUCUUUCGUGUCCCUUGCAGGCCUGUUCACGCUUGGUGCAUCAGGUCAGGCUGAAUCGGACGAAGAACGGGAACCAUUGUUGCCCAAAGCCACAACCACCUCACCCAGCACUCCAACUAGUCAGGAGUCUGGGUAUGGUUCAACGCUUCAGGCUGAGGAAGAAGAAGACGAGGCCCCAGAAUAUAGCUGGGAACGUCGCGAGCGAGAGGCUAAGGAGGCUAUGAAAAAGAGACUUGACGAAGGUGGUAACUGGUUUGAGUAUGCGAAAGGUUUCAAGAUUCUCUUCCCAUAUGUGUGGCCUGUUGGGAACGUCGGUCUGCAGCUUCGUGCAGCAGCUGUAUGCCUUUGCCUAUUCGCGUCCAACGCUCUCCACCUUUUGAUUCCCCGCCAGACUGGAAUCAUCAUGGACAGUUUGAAUGGUUCUAGUAACAGCAACCCUUGGAUCGCAGUCAUCAUAUUCGCCGCACUUCGUUUAGCUGCCUCUGAAUCCGGCAUCGAGCUUAUUCGCCAAUGGCUAUGGGUCCCUGUUAAGUACUACUCCCAUGAUGCACUGACACGAGCGGCCUACUCCCAUAUGAUGCACCUCUCAGCAGAUUUUCACGAUUCGAAGAGUUCAUCCGAUAUGAUGAUGGCUAUCUACGGAGGUAGCGCCGUAUCCAACGUCGUUGAGAAUGUUUUACUUUACGCUGUUCCUAUGCUCAUCGAUAUGGGCGUAGCCAUUGUCUAUCUCUCCAUCACAUUUGGCCCAUACGAAGGUCUUAUCACAGUGGCCACCGGUAUCUUCUUUCUUCUUAUCGCCAGUAGACUUGUGGCCAACUCCAAGGCAGCCAGUCGAAAUCGGGUUAAUGCACUAUACGAGGAACAUUAUGUGCGUCAGUCCGGCUUUCUGGGAUGGCAGACUGUCAGUGCAUUCAACCAGAUUGGUUAUGAAGAUAACCGGCACGCCAAUGCAGUUACCAAUCGUUGGCUUAGAGAGCAGCAAUAUGUGCUGGGAUGGUAUAUCUCCAUUGGCUUUCAGACUCUGGUUCUCACAUCUGGUCUUCUUGCCAGUGCGUUUCUAGCUGUUUACCGUAUCAAAGCCGGCCAUGCAACCCCUGGACAGUUUGCGAUGCUCUUGAUGUAUUGGGCACAGUUGACAUCGCCGCUUCAAUUUUUCGCAAAGCUGGGGAAAAACGUCAGCGACGACUUCAUCGACGCCGAACGCCUACUAGACAUCAUGAGAACCCAGCCUUCGGUUGAGAACCAGAAGGGAGCCAGGCCAUUGAAAUUCGUUGCUGGCGAGGUGGACUUCGAAAAAGUUUCUUUCAGUUAUGAUAAAAAGAAGGCCAUUAUUAAGGAUGUCAGCUUUCAUGUCCCUGCUGGACAAACUGUUGCUUUCGUUGGGGCUACAGGAGCGGGAAAGUCAACUCUUAUCAAACUGCUAGAUCGAUUCUACGACGUGGGCGAGGGCCGUAUCUGUAUCGAUGGUCAGGACAUCAGAGAUGUUGACCUGUUCAGUCUUCGCGAUCGCAUUGGGGUCGUUCCUCAAAGUCCGAUCCUAUUCGACGAUACAAUCAUGAACAACGUUCGAUAUGGAAGAAUCACAGCAACCGACGAGGAAGUAUACGACGCAUGCAAAGCCGCGUGUAUUCAUGAUAAGAUCAAAGGCUUUACCCACGGGUACAAGACGCGUGUUGGAGAGCGUGGCGUGAAAUUAUCUGGCGGCGAACUUCAACGCAUUGCUAUAGCUAGGGCAAUGCUCAAGAAGCCAGAUAUCGUUCUGCUCGACGAAGCUACCAGCGCGGUAGACACAGACACCGAGCAACAGAUCCAGGUCUCUUUCAAAAGGUUAUGUGAAGGUCGGACUACUUUCAUCGUUGCUCACCGCCUUUCCACGAUUAUGAACGCAGACCGAAUUAUUGUGGUCGAGAAUGGCGAAAUCCUUGAACAGGGCAAUCACGACGAACUUAUCGUUGCCGGAGGAAGAUAUGCGGACCUUUGGUCCAAGCAAGUUUUUGUGCGACCCAAGGAUGAAGACAAGAAUACCUCAUCUGGUCAGGCAGGAUUUGUUAACGACUUAUCCUCGGAGCAGACCAAGGCCGAGCUGUCGAAGGUCAAGAAGCCGGUAGCCGCAGCCAAUGAACAAGGGAAAUCGUCCGAGGCACAGGACAGUGAAGGCCAAGUCACCGGUACCCCAACGCAAAAGCGAGAGGGAAACCGAUUGAAUCCUGUCGCCGCUACGUUUACCCCCAGAACGUUGGCCAAGGCUAGGCUAUUGAUGGCGACUGAAACAUCCGAAGCAUCGACCAUAUCCACUGCUGACCAUGAGGCGAUUAACGGGAGUCGGGUUGCUCAAGACAGCGAUCACGUGGCACCACGGAGUACAGCAUCCAACGAAAAGAAGAAGGCUUUUAUUGCAGCGGUCGAUCGUGCUCUGAAGAAUAAACGUGCAAGUCGUGUUGAUACUGGUGAAAACAUGGAGUGUGAGUUCACAAGUUCGAUAUCAGGAGCUUUGCUGAUCUUUGAAGCCCCUGCCACGGUUGCAAAUGAAUCUAAACCCUCCGAAAAGAAGGAAGAUGCUACAGAGGGCCAACGUGUCGAAUACAAGCUUCCAUACUAUUCCCGACGUAACCAAUCCAAAAGCGAGCCGUCGCAGGGGUCACACGGUUCGGAUGAACCUGACACGGACGGUGCAGUCUUGACUUCUGCAAUUGAGGGUCCAGCGUCCCCAAUGCGUCGUCGUGUUACACUGCCUCCUAUGAAGGUCACUGUGGGAUCUCAAAUUCCACUGCCCACCGAGGUCAAGCAACAGAAGCUAAUGACUGCAUCAAAGCCGACUGACCACUGCAAUAACCCGCCACAAGAGUCGUCUGCACAGAACUCGGAUCGAUUAACACAGCAUGACCUGCGAACCAUCGAAUCAUGCACGUCAGCACGACCUAAGGUUUCGCAAAAGAAAGACGAAGUACCCGCCCAAAGCGCUAUCAAUAACGGCGCCAAAUCCAACCACGCCGAGUUACCAGAACAGGACAAGGACAGAAUCACCUCUGGACCACGCCGGGGUGGGCGCGGAGGCCGAAGAGGGCGUACCCCUUGGUCCCGUGGCCGACGUGGCCGAGGCAACUAUCGGGGAGGCUCGCCAAACAGACAGGCGGCCUGA